GCUAUCGAGUAUAUCGUAAAUUUUUCAUCGUACUUUAAUCGUGCUUGUCGCCGAGUAAAAAACUGCGCGAUGAUAAGGACGAAAAUUUCGAUAUUGGCGAAUUUCACCUGACGUCUCGAGCACGGGGACUGAUUUGCGAACGGACAAUUACGGAAGACUAACCUCUGGGACUAACUAGCUCCUUUUCUUUUUUUACAGGUGGUUACCCUGCGAGGCUCCCCCCGACCCGAAGUCGCUAAUACCGAUAAGUGGCAAUGCGAGCUGUCAGAAUUUCUUAAAUGUCAUUACGAGUGCUCUCGGUGGAUCUUACGUGUCGUUUAAUGACUUAAGUCGACACGUAAAAUCAACGAUAAGCCGUCUCCUGUGAUCGCGUCUGUCGGACAAUCGCUGGAUACAAAUUUAUUUGUUUACACCACAUCUUGUAAUAAAACUAGUUAACCUGCGCGUACGAUUGUGAUGAUCCGUGCUAUCAAUUAAACUACUCUCUGUGCUCUCUCACUUCCUCGAAUUCUUAUCGCGGUUGAAUUUCUGCGACUGAAUGCGACGUUAUCGCGGUACUAUGAAGUUACACAAUGGAGUUUACCGAAACGCAUAACGUCGUCAAGGAUUUAGAUUUAACGCUUCAGCCGCGAAUUGUCCCGCGGUAUAAAACCUGGCUACCCCUCGCCACACAGCAGCUGAGGCUCAGGAAUCUGAUACAGAUAAUAGGCCAUAAUCUAACGGGGAAUGUAAAUGGAGAAGUAUGUUGGUUCUAUUACACUUUACACUGGACGAGUAUGUCGUCUCCGUUGUACACAAGCGAGGCAAUCGACAAUGCCAAUCCGAGAUGGUUGAGUCUGGAAGUACCUACUCUAUAUGCCACAGGUUAUUCAACAGCCAGUGAGAUUAUUCUGAGAGUCUGGAAGCGUUCAAUGGCAGGUGAUGCUACAACUGACGUAACCUUCUUCUCAUGGGGUAUAUCAUUUACUGGAUUAGCCUAUAUUGGUCCUAAGCUACCAGCGAAUCUGGAAACCAUUUUAAGAGAAAAUUCCUUAAUACUCCACUUUCAUGGUGGAUACUUCGCCCCUGUGCAUUGCUUUAUAACAGCUCCAGACUUAAGGCGAUAUCUCAACAUGUGUAUGAAUGGGUCUGAAGUGAAAAGCAGUUACACCGUGAACAAGCUCAGCAGUCUAAGAAGCAAAAUGCAGGCACUAAAGCAACAAACGGAAUCAGUACAAGCACUUAGAGUACGCAUUGCUUCGGGUGAUGAUUUUUAUACUCCUAAAUAUCCACAGACAACAUUGAACAGACUGUUGCAACCGCGGAAAGUGAAUAGGGAGAAGAAGGCUGAAAUUAUGAGAAUACGUAAGGAGCUUGAAAUGGCGAAGUUUAGGACAAAAUUGUUGGAACAAGAGAGAGCGCGUAAGAUGGGGGAGAUUCGUAUAUUGAAUCAAUUGCAUUCUAAUAUCGUGGAAGAGAAUCAAGAUCAUGGUUCUGAUUUGAUGGAGAGAUACAGGGAAUUGAAUAAAGACGUGGAAAGACUGAACGAGUGGCGGCAGAAUCAUAUAGAUACAAGGGAGACUUAUUUGCAAAUAAGUAGCCAACUUGCGCACAGGCGGCGUCAGUUAAUAUCAGAAUUAAGUUUAAUAUAUCCAAUCAGACAGGAAGAUACCGGAAAGUUCAGGAUAAACGACGUUCACUUGCCGGACAGUGAGGAAUUGGAAUUGUCCAACGAUACGCAAGUGGCCGUGGCAUUGGGCUUCGUCGCACACACGACGCAGAUGAUCGCGAACUUUUUGAACGUACCGACGAGAUAUCCUAUCAUACACUACGGCUCGCGCAGUAAAAUCAUAGAUCAAAUUACGGAGAGCUUGCCCGACAACGACAAGCAAUUCCCACUGUUCGCUCGAAGCAAGGAUAAGCUGCAGUUUCAUUACGCCGUGUAUUUGUUAAAUAAAAAUAUAGCGCAACUCCGGUGGUACUGCGGCCUGCCGACUACCGACUUAAGAGCGACGCUGCCGAAUCUCGCCACGCUAAUUAACGUCAAACCAAAUCAGGCACAUUUGGAUCAUUCGAAACGAACGUUUUCGAACUCAUCGUUGGACACCGAAGUCGGGAACGGCAAGCAACACCCACCGCUCACGCCGCCGCUGCAGAAGAUAAUUUUCGAAAAAUGCCAUCGCGCCUCGCGAUCGAUGAGUCAAUUGAAAACCAUCAAGUCGACCCUCGGUUCUUCCUUGGAUCAGGGGUUAGACAAGCCUGUGCAGUCGCCCGCGCUGGGUAGUCAGUCGAAGCGUAUUUGUAAGUCGGAAGAGAGUGCCAUUGACAAUAAGGCCUUGGUACUGGCUAAGGACAGGUCGAGCAAUAGCAGUAACGAGACGUUAAAUAGUGCCAUUCUGAAUAAUAUCGAUAACAUUACCCUUAAGGAUAAUAAUUUUGCUGACAUUAGCGAUAAGGUUGUUAUUGAGAGUAACAUAGAGAUCAUGAUACCCACGUCGGUUUCCAAAUCGAGGAACGUCGCGGACAGCUUGGAAAGUUCCGUAAGCGCCCGGGACAGGAGCUCCAAUUCUAUAAGCAGCUGCGAAAUGGCUCUCAGCAGUAGCCAAAACGACGCGGACGAGGGCUCCAAUGAUAAUCACGCGAGGAGAGAUGGAAACGACGAUAAUAAUAUUUUCCCGAUGGAAGACGGUCUGAGAAAUGUGAGGGAUGCGACGAGAGAUAGCGCGUUAAGAGACGGCGAACGGAACAAGGAGCGUAGCUCGAGUAAUGAGGCUCCGCAGAACUGUGACACGAGUAGCACGACCGUCAGCGAGCAAACUAACAGUGUUCACGAACAAAGCCCGUUCAGGGAAACUGCCAUUUACAGCAGAGAACGUUUUGCUAAAUCGUGCUUGUCUCUGGACGAUAUGUGUACUUAUGGCGAAUCGGAACAAAAGCAAAGAACAAACUCCAUCUGCAGUUAUCCGGAGGAGUGCGCGAAGGACACUGCGUUACGGGAAGAACACGACGAAUCCAGAUCGGACAAGUCAAAUCACUCCCAACUCGUUGAGAAAUGGUCGCAGAGUAUCGUGAACGAACCAGCGCCAGACACGAGGUCAAUUCUAAGCGUCCCGAAACCGGACAACUGUUUAUACGACGAAGCGAAAUCGCAGUGUGAUAUCCCGACGUCGAGCGAGUACAUAGACAUCAUCAGGCGCAGCUCGGAAAACGUGUGUGCACGUACCGAAGCUUUGGCCAAUAAGAAAACUAGUUUUAAAGUUAUGAAGCCGCGUCUUUAAUAUCUGCCUACGUGGUAAAAUUGUGCCCUAACAGUAACGCCGAAACCGACGGUAUGUAGAUAUGCACCGGACAAAAUCUCGAAGACAUGUUGAAUUCACAUCUGACAAUUACGCGAUCAUCUUUCACGGAAGUCUCGUCAAAAAGUUGAUUUCAUUCAAACUCGUGAAACGUUACGUGAAAAUAUAUUUGCCAUCUCGAUUCAUUCGCUCGAAUCAGCAAAAUAAGAUUUGUCAAGAAACCACCAUACGCCUUACGAAGCAGAUAUGGUAAUAACGCAACUCGUGAUGAAUAUACUCUGAAUCACGCGUAAAGAUAAAACUACAAACAAGCCACUUGUGCUUACCUAUUAUUCUAUUAACACUGACAGCUUUUCUUCCCGUUGCGUAAACAAUUCAGAUGAUGAUGCACAACAGAGGGGUAUUAGCAGAUAUAACGCGAUAAAAGGAUCAAUAGAACAAAUAGUUCCUCUACUACGACUGCGUAUCUAUGUAUAUGCAACAUAAGUGCAGGCGCGUUAUUAGUUAUUAUAUUGCUUUCUGUAUUUGUACGCACGUUAUGCACUUGUGUGAAACUUUAGUUAAACGGUAGCUAUGAUCAGUUGGAAAAUACAAAUUUUCUCAGUUCGCUGGUGAAAUGUGCAUAUGUAUGGAGAUAAGUUUUGUAUCAUAAGUUAUGUGAUUCCAUUAUUAUGUAUUAUCACAGAAGCUCAUACUGUUAUCGUUUCUCUGUAUUAAAGCAUUUUGAUUGAAAACCAAGGUGAAAUGUGUAAGGAGUACAGUUACACGAGAGAGAUGUAAAUACUAUAGAUAUUCUAGAUUUUUUCACUGUACUUAGCUGCUCACGUAACUGACUAAUAUAUUCAGUUUAUGUUUACAGUACAAGUAAUUGAGCAUAGUUAAUUAUAUUUUUGCCAUUGAGAAUUACUAUACCGUGAAUUUAUGUACGAGGACCAACCAAAGUACUAAACCAGGUUAAUUGCUUAACAAAACGAUCAUGUAAGUAAUUAGAUGAUCCUAAUUAGCCCGUAAUUAAGUGAACGUGGAUAAAUGACUUGAAAACAAAUUGUUCGCGAGACAAAGUUUCAUUGUGGAACUUGUUAACAACGGACUAUUGCAAUGUGAUAAAUAAAACUUGUCUACUUAAGGACACACAGAGAAGGAAGAAACCGA